AUGCCUGGACAAUUGACUUGGCUUGUGACCGGAUGCUCCUCCGGUUUGGGAGAGGCUUUUGUUCAAGCUAUUCUUGACAAGGGUGACCGAGUUAUCGCAACAGGACGUCCGAACAACGCCCAGACUGGCGCGAACCGACUGCUUGCUCUUAAAUAUGCCGGUGCAGCAACUUUAGAGAUCGACGUUUUGGCCCCGCAGAAAGAGCUUGAUAAGAAAGCCAAAGAAGCAUGGGCAAUUUACGGCCAAGUAGAUGUACUGGUCAAUAAUGCCGGCUUCAUCCAAGCAGGAAUAUUAGAAGAAUAUGAUGAGGAAUCCAUGAUCCAUGGUAUGCGAGUUAACGCCUUCGGCCCGCUCAAUCUCACUCGUUCAUUCAUUCCUCUGAUGCGUGAAGCCAAGACCGGCACUAUCCUCUUCAGCGGGUCUUUGGGCGUGUACUACGGUGCCCCAGCCGCGAGCUGCUACUCAGGCUCGAAGGGUCUGAUCGAGGGUCUGGUACCUAAUAUGGCAAUUGAACUCGCUCCCUUCGGCAUUCGGACUUGUAUCUUAACAUUUGGCAAUUUUCGUACUAAAAUUAUGUCGCAUGAUAAAAUGCGUCAAGGGGCAUAUCACCGCCUGCCUGUGUAUGAGGAGCUUAACGAACUCGUCAGGCUUGGCCUUGAAGCCCAGGAUGGGACUCAACCUGGUGAUCCCAAGAAGGCUUGCGAGAUUAUUGUUGACGCUGUACGGGGUGAGGGUCUAUGUGCGGGCAAGGAGCUGCCUUUGAGAUUGCCUGUUGGUCCUGAUGCAUUCGUGGCUAUGAGAGCGAGCUGCAAUGAGAGAUUGGCGGUUUGUGAUGAGUGGGAGGGUAUUACAUCCAACACCAAUAUUGAGUAA